CCUCUCAGCAUCUUCUGCCCUUGGCUCCCACAAGCAUCUAGUUUCCUUGGGCACUCUGUGGGCUUGUUUUGCCAACCAGCAGGGUCUGCUGUUUUGGAAGUGCUUUGUUUGGAGUUCACACUGUCACAGCACUUGCAUUCAGCGUUUAUUGAGGAAGCAGCCUGUGAGAUCCUCUGGUGGAUCAAAAGAGGCUUCCAAAAGAGGCCUUCAGGCAAGGCUGUGGUUCCAUCACACAGUGGCUCACUGUGUCUGAGGGGUGUUCAGGUGCACUCUUAAAUUGUUGUCCAGGUCACAGCACGACGUGCGGCUUUUCCCAGGCCUCUCAGCCAGGAUGCCUGUAAGGCCUUAACGUGCUUAUGGCACAUUUUGUGUUUCUCAUGCAUCUCAGCUGCUUUGUGUUCAUCUCUUCAAGGUUUCAGCAUGGACCUGGAGAAGGUGCAGGGCCUGCCCCACAGCUACACCAAGACAUUUGAUGUGCGCUUUGAAAGUGCCCGGCAGCCACGUGGUAUCGUGGAAGUGGUGCUGCCCAUAAAGGUGACAAAAGGCCCCAUAUAUAACAUCCGUCUCCGUGCCACUGUGUCUGAACUGUCACUCGAGCUCUCCAAGAACACUCUGCAAUUCUCUACUAUCGUCGUUGGGCAGUGCAAGGUUGAGACAGUCCGGCUCUACAACUGGUUCCGAGUACCCUGCAAAUGGUCCAUCAAGCCUGUUCCGAAGGUAAAGCACAGGCCACGUUGAACACAUAACUUCUGGGCUGGGUUUUCUU